GGUUGUCGAAAGGUCACUCUAAAUACUGAAUUUUGAAAUAAUAAACGAUACGACGCCGUGAAAUUCCAGUGUAAAAACGUGAAUAAUUGGACAAAAAAUCGAAGAGUGCGUAAAUUUAGAGCAACAGUUGGCACCCGAAAUGGUGGGAGUGUGACUUAAAGACACCCAUAUGCAUGUGCAAGCGAUCUAGCUGCUAGUUUUACACCCAAAAUAUAAGCUACAUAGGGCAUAAUGUUUGGCAUAGGUGUACGAGUGUCGUGAAGUGAGAGCAUUUCACCCUGCAUGUUUAUCACAAUUCUGGAUGGCUGAGCAUGCCCAUGGACAGAUCCCCCAAUAACUGCAACCUCGAGGUAAUCAAGAGCACAAUUGGCGUCAGUCCGCAGUCGAAUCCAAUCCUGAUUCGGCCGCCAAGCGAACAGUUCGAUUUCGAUCGCACCGAAAACGAUGCGACGCACCCAAUACUACGCAGCGAUCACCGUCACCAGGGUGAACUGGUCCAAUGCUUGACCUGCCGCCAGCAAUUCAAGAGCUUCUCCUUCAGCGACAUUUGCGCUCACUACGUCUACACGCACGGCAACCGCCACAAUUGCGACUCUAGCAAUCACCCCUACAAGUGCCUGUACUGCAAGCGCGACGUUCACUACUUCCGGCGCGCGGAGAAGUCCGAUCCCGAGAUCUACCACUUCUGCUCGCCGCGCAAACAGAGUUAG